UGUAUCCCUCCCCUGUAGGCAUUCAGCUGCUCCAGCUGUUGAUCUCCACACUCACUCUCUCAGGGCCAUAGAGGCAGGAGCAGACAGGACAGUUCUCCACACAGACGACUCUCAAGGGACCACCACAGGACAGGAGAGGACUUGCGGGAGGGACAGACAACUGGACACUGAGAUAUAACUGAACUGUCCUGAGCACCAACCCGACACCUUCACCAGAGGCAUUGUGACCUGUCUCAACAAACCAACCAACCGUGUCCAAGUGUGUCUGUGUUUGUGUGUGUUUGUUUACAUGUGCCAUUGUGUCUCAUAUCCAACCAGUUAAUACGUGAGCAUGCGGGGUAUCUGUGUUCCAGUCUUGUGUGUGUGUGUGUGUGUGUCUGUGCUCCUUCACAGCGCUAUUUCACAGCCAUCUACAGAAAGUGACACGUACACGGAAUGCACAGAUGGGUAUCAAUGGGAUCCUCACACCCUGCACUGCAAAGACAUAAAUGAGUGUGAGACCAUAACGGAGGCCUGCAAGGGGGAGAUGAAGUGCUUCAACCACUACGGGGGGUACCUGUGCCUCCCCCGCUCCGCCUCUGUCAUCCCAGCCCCGGAGGCCUCCAGCCAGGCAGGGCCCAACCUGGAGGGCCCAGUCAGCGAGCCCUUUAACCCCUGCCCCCUGGGCUAUGAGCCCCAGGGAGACAGCUGUGUCGAUGUAGACGAGUGUGAGCGUGAUGAGCACGACUGCCAGCCCAGCCAGCAGUGCAUCAACACUCCAGGGGCUUUCACCUGCCAAUGUCCGGAUGGGUACCGCAAGGUUGGCACCGAGUGCAUUGAUAUUGAUGAGUGCAGGUACAGGUACUGUCAGCACCGCUGUGUCAAUGUCCCUGGGUCCUUCUCCUGUCAGUGUGAGCCAGGCUUCCAGCUGGCCGGGAACAACCGCUCCUGCAUAGACGUAAACGAAUGUGACAUGGGCGCCCCCUGCCAGCAGAGGUGUUACAACACUUAUGGCACCUUCCUUUGUCGUUGUGACCAGGGCUAUGAGCUGGGGCCUGAUGGCUUUGCCUGCAACGACAUAGAUGAGUGCAGCUACUCCAGCUACCUCUGCCAGUUCCAGUGUGUAAACGAGCCAGGGAAGUUCUCCUGUGUGUGCCCAGAAGGAUACCAGCUGCUGGGCACUCGGCUGUGCCAGGACAUAAAUGAGUGUGAGACGGGUGUACACCAAUGUACGGACACACAGACCUGUGUAAACAUCCACGGAGCUUAUCAGUGUGUGGACACAAACCGCUGCCAGGACCCAUACGUGCAAGUGUCUGACAACCGCUGUGUGUGUCCUGUGACCAAGCCUGCCUGCCGAGACAUGCCCUUCUCCAUCGUCCACCGCUACAUGAGCAUCACCUCGGAGCGCUCCGUCCCCUCUGACAUCUUCCAGAUCCAGGCCACCAGCGUCUACCCCGGGGCCUACAACACCUUCCGCAUCCGCUCCGGGGACGACAACGGGGACUUCUACAUAAGGCAAAUCAACAACAUCAGCGCCAUGUUGGUUCUGGCUCAUGCUGUGACUGGACCCAGAGAGUACACACUGGACCUGGAGAUGGUGUCGGUUAAUCCCCUGCUCAGCUACCAGACCAGCUCCGCCCUGCGGCUCUCCAUCUAUGUAGGGCCUCAUGCCUUCUAGAGGGGAGGAGAGUCAGUGACAGAGAGAGAGAGAGAGAGAGAGAGAGAGAGAGAGAGAGAGAGAGAGAGAGAGAGAGAGAGAGAGAGAGAGAGAGAGAGAGAGAGAGAGAGAGAGAGAGAGAGAGAGAGAGAGAGAGAGAGAGAGAGAGAGAGAGAGAGAGAGAGAGAGAGAGAGAGAGAGAGAGAGAGAGAGAGAGAGAGAGAGAGAGAGAGAGAGAGAGAGAGAGAGAGAGAGAGAAAAAGAGACAAGAGAUGAAAGAGUACAUGGAAUCGUAUAGAAUUGAAGGUGUGACAGCCCACUCAGUUUACUAAAGGAAGACCUGUCACUGUUCAAAUAUGGCCCACUUUUGUAUGUCUUUGCUGUUCUGUGAUCUGCAAAGUACAUCCCACACCCUUUGUCAAACCACACCCGUAGAGGAGAGUAAUAGCAGAUAAAAACAAACAGGAUUUUGUAUGACUAAAAUAUGUGUUUGGGAUCGAGUCCAGCACUGCGUAUUUAGAUCAUCAGCAUACAUAUUGUUUCAGUUCCCAGCCUCUCACCCUCCCACUCCUCUAUGCCUGUUUUUCAAUGUGUCUCAUUCCACAGAACACCUGUCACAGCACAUCGCCCUAUGGUGAAUGUGAACGAGAGCAAUAUGCAAUGCAUAAUUCAUUAUUUUUUUUAUGUGAGCAGGGAGAUAAAGUUCCAUCCAAAAUGUGUUAAGUCGAUGUCUCCGCUCGAGUGAAAGACUCCAUUCUAUCAUCACCAGCAUCUCUCAUCAUCCAUUAUCCAUUAUCCAUUAUCAUCAUUAUCUGCCAUUCCCAUUUCCAGUCUGUCUAGUUUUGCAUCAAACAGUCACUCCAUCUUUCAUCUUCAUGCUCUAUCCUUCCCUCUGUAGCAGGUUUCACUGUCCUCAUCCAUGACUCAAUAACCACUGAGCUCAGCCCUCCUCCUCCAGCCCGCCCCAGGCCCCUCUCCUGAAUCUGACCCAAAACUCUAACUCUCAAUCAUUACCAUGUGUAGUUUUGUCCCAUUACUGAUUAUUAGGUUGUAUUUUGAGGGGGGAUACAGGAAGUGAUACGAAAUAAAACAAAACAUUUGGACA